AUGCAAAUGUGGCUGACGUUAGUGGCUUUAGUCUCAAUAUGGGCAGUAAACAAACAACAAUCAUUUGCAUCUCUUGCUACCAACUUAAAAUCUGAUGUUCACAACGAUCCCAAUACAAAGGUCAAAACGACAAACAUGGCUUCUACAUCAUUAGCUGCAUUUGUCAUUUGUGGAAUUGAAGCCAUAUUUGGAAUUGUCUCUAACUCCUUUAUCAUAGCUGUUAGCUUUUGGGAUAAGACUGAAGGUUUCACACUGAGCCCCGUCAGUUUAAUUCAUAUUCAUAUGGGACUUACUAAUGUGAUUAUGUUAAUCAUAAUGACAACAGCAGUGGCAACUUUCACACUUUCAUCUCAGACAAUAGUCCCCAAAGAAUUCUAUUUGGUUAUAAUUGUUUCUAUGUUUUUUCUUGUCACAUUUGGCUUCUGGCUCACUUCUUGGCUCUGCAUCUACUAUUGUUUGACUAUUGUUGAUUUCAAACACAAUGUGAUCAGAAGACUGAAAAUGAAUCUUUCUACAGUGGUUCCAAAAAUCCUGGUGGGAACAGCUCUUGGGUCCUUCAUCAUUAGUGUUCCCACCAUCUGGUAUGUGAAGCUCUGCAGUUUUUCAGCAAUGUAUGGAAAUCUAACAACUGACUGCACUGCUGAUUCAGAAGAAGUAUUUCAUUUUAACCAUUUCUAUAUUAUAAUAUUUAUCACAACCGGAUGUUUCUUUCCCCUUAGUCUAUCCAUAACUUCCAUAAGUUUCACUUUGGCCUCUAUUUUAGGACAUAUCUGGAAGAUAAGACUCAAUACAAUCACCUUGAGUUCCAGUUCCAAUCAGCUUGUGGCUCAUUACCGAGCAUGUAGGACAAUGAUACUUCUCGUUGUUCUUUACAUCCUUUUCAAUAUUGCUGAAGUCAUAACUGCCUCAUCGUCUAUGUAUGCUGUGAAUGUGUGGACUGUUAUAUUCUGGUAUUUUACGUAUAUGUAUCCAGCAGCCCAAGCAGCCAUUCUGAUCUCAGGAAGCUCCAAAUUGAAGAGAAAUCUCUUGAGAAUGUUCUUUUUAUUGGUGGGUGAUUAA